GCCGGAUCUUCAACUAUACCAUAACUUUCUUUUCUUUUCUGUAUAGACUCUGAUUCUUUGAUCUUGGUUCUUGCACACUCUGUUUCUGAUUGAUCAUGCAUCUUCUAUAAAAUAGCAAUUCAACAUCUUGCAGUCCCUACUCCCACUCACCACCACAUAAACCCCCCCCCACCGGCAUCAUGUCCGAAACCCACCCCGACGCAACAGAGACAGCGCCGCAAUCAACGCCGCAAAAGAAGCUCUUCACGCAUCAGUUCCAAUUCCCCGCAGCCACAGCCACAGCCAGCUCCUCGUCGUCGUCGGCAUCGUCAUCCCAAUCAAAGGAUACCAGCAACAAGGACGAACACGUACCCCCGGGGUACACCAAGCUCCCGAAUGGAGUCAUCCUCGACAAAGAAGGCAAACCAUGCCGCCUCUGCACCUCCGCCGCCUCCUGGCGCGCCCUAACCCAAAAAGCCAAAGCCACUGCCACACCCACACCAUCCACCACCACCACUCCCUCAAACCCCACCGCCCAAAAAUACAACCAAUGCCCUCCAGACGUCGAGGAACUAGGCCGCUCCACCUGGACCUUCCUGCACUCGCUGACGGCCUCGUACCCGGCGCAGGCCUCGCCGGAGCAGCAGACGGAGAUGCGCACGUUCCUGGGCAUCUUCUCGCGGCUGUACCCGUGCUGGGUGUGCGCGGACGAUUUCCGCACCUGGAUGGCCGAGCCUAGCGGGCAGAACGCGCCGCGGCUGGCCGGCCGCAAGGAGUUCGGGGACUGGAUGUGCAGGGCGCACAACGAGGUGAAUCGGAAGCUGGGCAAGGAUGAGUUCGAUUGUCGGUUCUGGGAGGAGAGGUGGCGCACGGGGUGGAAGGAUGGGCGGUGUGAUUGAGUACUG